UAUGGGUUAAUGGCCUCUGGAUUACUUGUUCUUUGCUUAUAGCUGCCUGUAUGUGUUUGGCUGGAUAGUGCAACCUAUCAGCAGUAAAGUUUCAGUUCGGCAGUGUGAUUGGGUCUGGCAUUCCACCCAUUUCCUCUGUUGUUAUUCUCUUGCUGUCUGAGCGUGUGGAAGGUAUUACGGAAUGGAAGCUCAGGCUGAUAGAGUGAGGACUCUGGGAGAAUGGGAGCAAGGUUGGAAAGAGGGAGAGAUUGGCUUUCACCAGUACUGCGUGCACAAGAUGUUGGAGAGCUAUAUUGACAAGGUUCUCUGUGGACGGAAGAGAAUCCGUUUUUUCUUCCCUCUAUGUGGGAAAGCUGUUGAUAUGAAAUGGCUUGCAGAUAUGGGACACUCAGUUGUUGGUGUGGAUAUAGCUGAGAUGGGUAUCAGGCAGUUCUUUGAAGAUCAGAAGUUGAUCUACAGUGAAGAAGUGGUCCCAGCAAUACCUGGUGCCAAGGUUUACAAGAGUUCAGAUGGAAAGAUAUCCUUGUACCAGUGUGACCUAUACAAAUUCUCCAGUGCCAUUGAGGGUCAGUUUGGAGGGAUUUGGGACAGAGGCUCCUUGGUGGCCAUCAACCCACGGGACAGAGAAAAGUAUGCAGCACUGAUCAUGUCGUUAAUGGACAAGGACUGCCAAUACCUCUUGGACACUUUUUUAUACAAUCCUGAAUUGUUCAAAGGUCCUCCAUUUAAUGUGCCUGAUGUGGAGGUAAACAGACUUUUCGGGAGGAGUUGUGAUAUUGAGUUUAUACAAUCUUCGGAUGCUCUCCCAGACGUGAAGGAUAAGGAAUGGGGCUUGGACGUCUUCAUAGAGAGAGUUCAUCUCCUCACCCCAAAGGCCUCAUAAACAUGAUUUCAUGGGCUUCUCUGAGACUACAGGGAGAGAUAUCUGAGAGAAAUAGUGCAUUGAAAAUGAUUGUCAGGAUAUUUGGUGUUCUGUGAAGGUUAGAUAUUGUUAUUAGCGUUGUUGACAGCUUGGAAAUGACCUACCUAAUGUCAAAAUAUGCAAAGUCAAUUCUUUCAUAUGGGAAAUUUACUGAAUUUGCAGUGUUUUUGAAAUGUCUGACAUAAAAAAAAAUAUAUAUAUAUAUACCAA